GCUUUGGUAGUACUGCAACUAUCAGCAGUUUCCGUGGGCAUCGUGUAGUUCCAUGCGCAUCUGUGCAAUACGUCACUGUGUAGGAGGUUCGGCAUCGUUCAGCAUUGUUAAAUAUCCAGCAAGCUGUUGAACGUCGCGAGCCUCAUUUGUUUAACUGUGAUCGCGGAAGAUAAUCAUUUGCGAUAACGCGCGGUGUUAUCUAACGUAUGUACGAAAUCCGAAAUCCGCGGAACCUUUUGAAAAUCGUAUACGUAGGCAACAGGUGUCUAAUGUCGCACAUGUAUUGCUUUGACAGUGGCUACGAGACUAAAUAAUCGAACCCACGCGCGAUUACGACAAUCUCUCGAAUGCAAUUUAUCAAAUUUCGAGUGAUGAUAGAAACGAUCGAUACAUUUUUAUAUCGAGGCACGUCCCUGUUUUAAUAAGCUCCGAUCCGCGAUAACAGUGCGCGAUAAUCGUGUAUCGUAAUCGGUCGCGAAAAUGGAAUACGAUUAUCUAAUUAAGUUCUUGGCUCUCGGAAACUCGGGUGUCGGAAAAACGAGUUUCCUUUAUCAGUACACCGACAGCAUGUUCGAGUCCCGCUUUAAUUCUACCGUCGGGAUUGAUUUUAAAGAGAAACGUGUGGCAUAUCAGACGCCAAAUGGUAGAACACAACGUGUGCACUUACAGCUGUGGGAUACAGCUGGUCAAGAGCGGUUCAGAAGUCUAACUACAGCCUUUUACCGGGAUUCCAUGGGUUUCCUUCUAAUUUUUGAUCUGACCAAUGAGCUGUCCUUUCUUGAAGUUAGAAAUUGGCUGGAACAGCUUAGGACUCACGCAUAUUGCGAAGAUCCAGACAUAAUUCUCUGUGGAAACAAAUCCGAUCUCGAAGACAAACGAGUUGUUAGUGAACAUAAGGCACGGGAAUUAGCGGAGAAGCAUGGUUUGGUAUACCUGGAAACAAGCGCUGCUACGGGUCAAAACGUGGCACGUGCCGUGGAGAUACUUUUGGACCGCGUCAUGAGCAGGAUGGAAACAACCGUAGACAAGUCGCUGCUACCACACCAAAGAGUGUUGCGAUGCCACGAGCGUGACACACCGCCACCCAGCAGUUCAUGCUACUGCUGACAAUGUCCUUACGCGUAGCUGGAUGAUUUAUUCAGCUAGUAGCGAGGGUUGAUCAAUUUGUACUACACGAAUCUCUCGUCGAUACAUCUCAAGUUACGUAUAAUUACGAUAAGGCAUCGAUAAUGAUGCUGCGUAUAUCAAUUUCGGAGCAUUAUUAUACUAUGAUUCAAAACUGUUUCGGCUUCAGUUUGAAAUAUCACCGAUCGACUUUCGUAUGAGUAAAAAAGAAGGAAUAAUCUUCGCCAUUUACAAAUCUGUACAUUUCGCGAAACGUAUUCACGUGUAAACUGUCGUCUUCCAACAAUCGCUUUUCUUGGUACAAAACUCUUUCGAAUCGUUGUCUUUCCUUCGCGUCUACGCGAACUUAUCGCUGUUAUUAUCGUACGCACAACGUGUUCAAUAUAUCGUGUUACACGUUCAAAAAUUGUGAUACGAUAAAGUCGCGGUCUUACUGAAGAAUCUACCGAUUUUCGAUAUAUGACUUGUAUUUUUGAUGCUAUUAUUGUGUCUAUACCAAAGUUCGUACAUCUAGUCGUUAUCGUGCUGAGGAUGCAAUCAAAUCGUUAAACAUACAGUCGUUCCUGUGUCUGUUGACUUGAUAACUGCAUUUCGUGAAUGUUAAGCUCAUUAUGAAUGAAUAUCAGGUGUUUAUCUAUACAAAACUUGUUUCCUCCGAUUUUUACACUUGUGACUUACGAUUGAAUGAGUGAUUAUAUUUAUAAAUAUAUACAUAUAUAUAUAUAUAUAUUUGUUGAACCCGAAGGUACAGGGUAGAAUGAUAACUUUUUUUAGUUAUCUGACAUGAAAAUUGUUAAUAUUUAAGCUUAUUGUGAGAAGAUAAAAUAUUAUAGCGUUCUAAGGAAACGAAUCUCGAAGUAUCGUGAGGGAGUUCGCGCGAUGUUUCUCUUAGUGUAAUAAGAAUUCUGCCAGGUUGUUUGAAAUGAUAGAGACAUUCCAAGUUAUUGCCUCAUCCAGCGUAUUGUGUCAUACGUCGACGUAAUAAAAGAAGAUUGCACGGGUCUUAUCUGUUCCGACAAUAUUUUUCUGCUCAUUGUCAGUCUGCGACGAUUUCGCGAACGGAGCGAAGUGAAAAUGCACGAUGAUGGGCGCGAUGAUCAGUUAUACUAAAUGUGCUUUUGAUUAUCAAUUGUAUCCUGAAACUGUAGCUUCACUCGAAGAUGCACAUAGAUAUGUGAUUACGUUUUCGAGAUUUUCCAUUGUACUAUAUACCAAGUACAGUUUUUGUCUAUCGAACAAUUCCAAUCUAAGGGACGUAAAACCUAUGUAUACGUAUUUAUAUAAUAAUCUUACAAGAGUUCCGAAAAAGAAUUUCCUUCAGAUAUUUAUAAUACCGAAUUUACAAAUUUCGAGUGUGUGAGUUUUCGUUAUAAAAUUGAAACAGCAGUGGUUCUGAACAGAUUUCUGAUACAAUCAAUCAGACACUUCGUGCGAGAAUUCAAUGUAGGUCGUCUUAUCAGGUGAGAAAUCAUCCGAUUUUACCACUGCACGGAACGUAAGCAAAUAGCUACUUCGCACGGAACGUAAAGCAAAUAAUUUUGCGCCGGUUGAAUCAGCACCGACAGGUGUUCGUUGCUUGUUCUUGAAAAUAAAUGCAAACCGAUCAAGCAGCUGGAAAAUAGCUUUGGUCGGUGAGACUUGGUUUCAUCAAUAACAGGGAAAACAGGCAACCACGGUUGGCUCGCUCGGAAACUUUAACGUGAAAACUUCCAUUAUGGAAGUUUGAUCAAAAUUUCCGAUCGGCCUGCGUUAUUAAUCAGUAAUUUAUACGCGACGUUGUUACUAUUUACGAUUACGUGUGCUUUUUAAUCCCGACUGGAUCGUUUCUACUGCGUUUUGUCAGUGAAAAGAGCUUUCAUAAUCUGUAACAUGUUUAAAUACACUCAAUUAAGAUAAAUAUGUUGAAUUAAUAAAGAGUGGCAUUUAUAAUGGAA